UGCAUUGUUGGACGGGCGACAGCGGGGCCAAUGAGAGUCUACAGUUGGUUAACACCAACCCCAAAACACCGGGUAACUCGCCUGCUAAUCGGACCUCGCUCUUGUCUGGUUGAGAUGAGUCUUGGAGCUUUCUGUCCAGAGUUGUAUAAUAUUGGAGUCCCCUUUACUUAAGUGUCCCGUUCACAGUUGGAACUGGGAAUCAAGGACAACUGCACGUGUCGAUGAAUUUUAACUGUUUACUUGGUGACCAAAGGAAGCCAACUAUCGAUGCCGUCAGGGGGCACUGUGCCUAAUGAUACCGUAAUUGGGAAAGGAAGCAUUUGGACCAGUUAAUCUAUGUUGCUGCUUGUUGGACUGAAGACACGAGCAACACUUUUACAUGGAAUUGAAAGUGAAGAAUGCUGGGGCAAUGUGGGAGAAAAGCCGUGCAGAUGAGACGGGCACAUUUCAAGAACGGUGCGCAAGAGGAAGCUCCAAUGCCGCAGCCAUUGCCGAAGCUGACAUCAAGCACAGCGUACAGGCAAUAAUACGGGAACUAGACCGAACAAAUCCAGCAUUCCAGUGCAGUCGAGGGAUGUUUAGGUGGACAUUGCAUAAGAAGACUGAACGAGACCCAAACAACAGCAAAUAUCUGGUUAAUAUUCUAAUGGGUGAACUGGAGCUGGUGAGAAACUACAUGAAAUAAAAGGGUCAAUGGUUACGAAGACUGAUAACUGAUAUUGCAUGAUGUUGAUUCGUUAAUUGCCUCGCACUUCAUGCAGCAGGCACUCGUCAACAUCUGCACCCACUCACAAUUGUCAGUGUUAUUAAUGAAGCCAGUCUUUAGUUUAAGGAUACAGCUUAGAAACAGGCUCUUUUCACCACCGAGUCUGCACUGACCAGCAAUCACCCCUACACACUGGGGACAAUUUACACAAGCCACUUAACUUACACAUUUGGAAUGUGGGAGGAAACCAGAGCACCCGGAGAAAACCCACUCAGUCCACUUCAGGGAGAACGGCCAAACUCCGUGCUUAUGGCACCCAUAGUCAGGAUCAAAGCCGGGUCUCUGGAGCAGAGAUGCAACAGCUCUACCAGCUGUGCCACCUCUGUUCUCAACAGUAUUAUUUUCUGAAUGAAUGUAUAUGAGAUUCAUUCUGUCUGUUAUUGAACUGAUUCUUCAGUAUUGAUUUUUGAAUCAAAAUGACAGGAGUUUUGUUUCUAUUAGGCAAAAGAUGCC